AGUUGUAGCACGCGUGACAAUCAGUUUUGUUUUAAAAGUGAUUUUUUUAUAAAUACGAGUUUAAUUCCUUCUGUAAUUAGCGAUAAACUUCUAUUUAUCUCUCAGAUAUGUAAUACAAUAACAGUUGGUACAGUUUUCAGUAUUAAAAAAGUGUUUUGAGUGUGUUUACUAUUAUUGGCUUUAGACUCCGAAAAGUCAACAAUAAAGAAGUAAACCUCUUUGGCAAGUUAAUUAUUUUUUAAGAAACAUUUUAGAAGAGUUUUUUUCUCGGUGUUUAACAGAAAGCAUCUCUUAUUACGUAAAUAUUUAAGUUAGCUUGACCUGUCAACUAUUAAGAUGAAAGUUCAUCGGGAAAGAUUUCAAUCUGGCAGCAGUACUGAUGAAAAUGAAUCUGGAUCUGAGCAGGAACAUGAGGAGCUUAUCUCAGAAAAUCAACUUGCAAUGGUUAACCAUGUUAUGGGUACUCCUGUAAGAAAGCGAAGGGGAAAUCUGCCUAAACAUUCUGUUAAAAUCUUGAAAAGAUGGUUGUAUGAACAUCGCUACAAUGCUUAUCCGACUGAUGGUGAAAAAUUGACUCUUUCACAAGAAGCCAAUCUUACGGUUUUGCAGGUUUGCAACUGGUUUAUCAAUGCAAGGAGAAGGAUAUUGCCAGAGAUGAUUAGAAGAGAAGGCCAUGACCCAAAUCAUUAUACAAUAUCUAGAAGAGGUAAGAAAUUAAGUAGUGUAAAUGGAAUCGUCGAGCAGCCACCAGUAAGUUGGAAUGGAGAUUUACAAAGUAUCACAAGAGGAAAGCGCAUCAGGCUUGAUCAUGACUAUGAAGACAGUAUGACAUUGAUGUAUCGUUCCGAAGAAGAUAGUCCCAAUGAAUACGAGAGUUCUAGUCCCAGUGAAGAGGAGAAAUUUGCUUCUUGGCAGACAGUUAUAAGAUAUGGAGUACAAAACGAAGCUAACCAUCCAGCUAUUAGAGGAAAUAACGAAGGAAACUUUGGCAGCACUGAUUAUUGGAAUCCCCCAUUGACCCAAAUGACUCACUCACUUUCAGCUCCAAAAGUACAAGUAAUGCCUGCACAUCCUGUCAAUGAUCUGAUCCAAGGAGAUCCUCUUGCCACUGAUGAAGACAAGGACAAGUUUAAGUGCUUAUACUUACUUGUUGAGACCGCAGUUGCUGUCCGACAACGUGAAAAAGAACGAAAUGACAUUCAAGUAUAGUCAUGGUUGCUGAAUUGUACUUAAUAGUCACAAACCAAUGGUGCCUUGCUUCCCCUUAGGCCAGUAUGUGUAAACUGUAUUUUUAAUUUUUCAUUUUGAUUAAAGAAGAGGUUUGUUACCUAAAUAUUAAUAAUUUGACAAGGUGGUGUUAAUAAAUACCUUAUGCCUUAUUUAAACCAAAAUGUUUAGAUGUGUGACUAAAACUUUGUCUAAAAAUUAAAAGUAGAAUCUCCAAAUUUGGUUUAAUUAAGUCUGUGUCUUUUGUUACUGUGUAGUGGUGGAAUUAAAAUAAAUGAAAUUAUGCCUUUCUAUUUUUAAUAUUCUUAAUAUAACAUUAAAUUUCUUUAGAUCAAUUUGAAAUAAUUGUUAUUUAUAAGCUGUGUAUUAUAUUAAUUUUGUAAUAAAUAUAAGAAAUUCAGAAAAUUGAAACAAUGAUUUACAAAUUUUUUUAAGAAAAAAUGCUUUGCACUAUUUCUGAAUAUUUUUGUCCAGUUUUGAACCCUUUUAUUGCUACAUAGAUUUUACAAUUUUGUUACUGAUAUUAACACUGUUGAACAGUUAUCUUUGGUUCCGUACAAUGAGACAGUAUUUUACAGCUGGGUCAGUAAAUUUCUAGUAGUUCUCACAGAUUUCUUCUCCGUAUCCAAUAAACACUAAACGUCAAAAUUAACGCACCACCUUUAAAAUGGCACAUUUUUGAUGUCUCGUAUCUCCUAAACCUGUUGUCCGAUUUGAGCGAUUUUUUUAGUAAAUUAUAGCUUUAUUCUUCAAGAAUAUUGAUGUAAUAAUAUUAUUGCCAAACAGGGAAGUGUCAUUGUAUACCGGGUGUAACAAUGAUAGUGUGUUUUUUCCUCAAAGUUUGGAACACCCUGUGUAAUAUUCUAGCAUAUACAAAAUAUUGAAAUUAAAACUUAACUGUAACCUUAGUAUUUUUUAACAUUUUGCAUUUUGAUUCAUUCGCUUAUGUUGGAUAAUAAAAAAGUUAGUUACUUUAACAACUAUCAAUGUUGUUCAUCAAUACAGGGUGUUUCUAAAUAAGUGCGACAAACAUUAAGAGAUAAUUCUGAAUGAAAAAAAUAAUGACCGUUUGCUUUAUAAACAUAUGUCCACAAAUGUUUCCGAGAUAAGGGAUGUUGAAUUUUUUCUUACAAACUGAUGAUUUAUUUAUUGCUCUAAAACUGGGUGAGAUAUGCAAAUGAAACUUGGUAGUUUUUAAGAAGUAGCUAUUGCGCAUUUUUUGACAUACAAUUAAGAAUUUUAUAUUCACCAUUGGCGUGCAUACGGGUAUAAACAUUUUAGAUACAUCCCGUAUGCACGCCAAUAGUGAAUGGAAAAUUCUUCGUUGUAUGUAAAAAAUACGCAAUAACUACCUCUUAAAACCUACCAAAUUUCAUUUGCAUAUCUCAACCGGUUUUAGAGCAAUAAAUAAAUCGUCAGUUUGUAAGAAAAAAUUCAACAUCCCUUAUCUCGGAAACGAAGCAUUUGUGAACAUAUGUUUAUAAAGCAAACAGUCAUUAUUUUUUCAUGCAGAAUUACCCCUUAAAGUUUGUCGCACCUAUUUAGAAACACCAUGUAUUGAUGAAUAACAUGGCUAGUUGUUAAAGUAGCUAACUUUUUUAUUAUCACACAUAAGCGAAUAAAUAAAAAAGUAGAAUGUUAAAAAGCCUAAGGCUACAGUUGGGUUUUAAUUUCAAUAUUUUAUUUACUCUAGAAUAUUCCACAGGGUGUUCCAAACUUUGAGGAAAAAACACACUAUCAUUGUUACACCCAGUAUACAAUGACACGUACCUGUUUAAUUAUUACAUCGAUAUUCUUGAAGAAUAAAGCUAUCGUAUAGUAAAAAAAUCACUAAAAUCGGACAACAGGUUUAGGAAAUACAAGACAUCAAAAAUGUCCCAUUUUUAAGGUGGUGCGUUAAUUUUGAUGCUUAGUGUACUAUUUUCCUUUGUGGUAUACAUUUUAUUAUUUUGCAAAUCUAUGUGGUACUGCAUGUCUAUCUGGUAAUAUUUUAGAGUUGGGAGUGUGUAUAGUUGGUUACAAGAAUGUAACUCAUUUCAAACUCUAUUCUUAUGCUUUUUAUAUUGGACAGAUCCUGAUAUACAGGGUGUCCCGAAAAGAUUGGUCAUAAAUUAUACCACAAAUUCUGGGGUCAAAAAUAGGUUGAUUAAACCUCACUUAUCUAUAUACAAUAAUGCACCCAAAAAAGUUACAGCCCUUUGAAGUUACAAAAUGAAAAUCGAUAUUUUCUCAUAUAUCGAAAACUCUUAGAGAUUUUUUAUUGAAAAUGGACAUGUGGCAUUCUUAUGGCAGCAGAAUCUUGAAAAAAAAAUUAAAGUGAAAUUUGAGCACCCCAUAAAAAUUUUAUGGGGGUCUUGUUCCCUUAAACCCCCCCAAACUUUUGUGUACGUUCCAAUUAAAUUAUUAUUGUGGCACCUUUAGUUAAACACAAUGUUUUUAAAACUUUUUUGCCUCUCAGUAAUUUUUCGAUAAGCCAGUGUUUAUCGAGAUAUUUUGAAAAUUUUUGUCAAAUCCACCACAUAUUUGUAUAUUAUGGUCAAGUACGAUUAUAAAGACCUGUUAAUAAUCUGAAAAUUUAUUUAUAAUUUACAUUUUUAGGUAUAUUUUGAAAAAGAAGCCACAUCUCGAUAAAAAAAGACUAAGAGGCAAAAAAGUUUUAAAAACACUGUGUUUAACUAAUGGUAUCACAACAAUAGUUUAAUUGGAACGUACACAAACAUUUGGGGGGUUUAAAGGAACAAAACCCCCAUACAAUUUUUAUGUAAAUAUAUUAAAAAAGAAGUCGCAUCUCGAUAACAACUGACUUAUCGAAAAAAUACUAAGAGGCAAAAAAGUUUUAGAAAUGUUGUGUUUAACUAAUGGUACCACAAUAAUGAAUUAAUUGGAACGUAGACAAAAGUUUGGGGGGGUAUAAGGGAACAAAAACCCCAUAAAAUUUUUAUGGUGUGGACAAAUCUCACUAUAAUUUUGUUUUAAGAUGAUUUUGCUAUAAGAAUGAUACAUGACCAUUUUCAAUAAAAAAUCUCAACAAAACAGUUUUCGAUACAUUUUCAAAACAGUUUUCGAUAUAUUGAAAAAAAAUCGAUUUUCAUUUUCUAAUUUCAAAGGGAUGUAACUUUUUUUAUGAACACAUUUGUACUAAGGUAAGUUAGGUUCAAUCGAACUCUUUUUGACUCCAGAAUGUGUGGUAUAAUUUAUGACCAAUCUUUUCGGGACACCCUGUAUAUUAGCUUACAGCUGUAGAGGCUACUUGCCUAUUAAGCCUAUGACUAUUAAGUAUGUAUACUAUUUUUUUUAGAAUGUUAUUAUGAAUAUUGAGAUUAUUAUUUUAAGAUAAAGAAUAUUAAGUACUUGUCUUUUGUCCCGUCCCACGUAUCAUUUUGUAAUUAAUUUUCCAAUGAAUCGGUUUUCCAUUUUCGAAUAAUUAUCAUAUUUGAUUACUAAUUGUUAUCAUGAUUUCAUGAUUUCUUCUAAUUUUAAAAAUAUGCGGAUCAAGACCUUUUGGUUUAAACUAAGCAUUUUUAUACAUUUCAAUCUCAUGACUUUCUGUGUUAAAAAAUGUAUUUAACUUCAAUAGAGCAAAAUCAUUUCGUUUUAUGUUCUCUGAAAAAAGGUAAAAUUAAGAGUUUUCUUAAAUGAAUCGUUUAUUUCAGAAAGGGGUCAAGUCGCAAGUAUCUACUUUUGAGAAAAUCAAGUUUACACACUGUUUACACAUUCAACAAACAAUCACUUUAUAUCAAAUAAAAAUUCUACCUAACAACCUGGAGUAUUUGUCAAAAAGUGUUGUAUGUUUUAAAAAUGUAUCUUGUUAAUUUGUUUAAGAAAAAAAAAUUAAUUUUUUGCACUCAUUUUGCCAAGAUUUGUCACUUGACCCCUUUCUGAAAUAAACGAUUCAAUGUAGAAUUUAUCAGAAGAAAACCGGUAACAAGAUAUCUAUUUUUUGUGAGGUAUAAUUCACUUGUACUUUAAAAUUGAACUGUAUUUUAUAACACCAACCUUUUUGCUUUUCGUCUGUAUUUAUUCCAUACCACUUAUUUUUUUUUAACUAUUACGGAUACAAAAAACAUAAAAUGUUUAAGUAAAUAUUCACAAAUUAGAACAUGAGUUAAAAAUAACACAAUCUAAAGAUAUCAGUAUAAUUUAGUAAAAAAGAAAUAGUUACAUUUACUAUAAUGGUAGCAUGUAAAUAAAUUUACAAUUAAUACCAAAUAAUUUUACAAUUCCAAAAAUUUGGUUUCUAAUAAAUCAUUUUUUUUUUAAUAAACAUCUUUAAAUUGUUUUUCUUUGUGAAUAAUUAGAUAUUAUUUUUUGUUUCUGUAUUAAAAUAAUUCUUUCAAUGUUGUAUAUAUACAAAAAAACAUUUUGUAUACAAUAUUGAGAUUAAGUUCCUCAUGAUAGAUACUUGAGCUUUUGGGUUAAAUGGAAUUUUUGAUUACUUAGCACGUUAAGCUCCAUGCCAGUCCCUAGGGACCGAUAUAGAAAGUUCCCCAUACGCCAGGGGCCCUAGAGACCGCUGCGUAUUGAUGAUUGCGUGGGAGACAUUUUUUCAAUAUUUUAUCUAGCGCUUAACGUGUUAAACACAAAAAUCACAAUAAUGAGAGUAAAGUAUCUUUAAUGAUGCGUUAUUGUCAACACGUCUAUUUUUUGCUAAAGUGAAAUCUAUUUUUGAAAUAUUCACUAGGAUGCUUAAGGGUUGUUAGUCAAAAUUUGGAGAAUGAAAGAAAGGAUGCUUGCUACUUCAUUUCACUUUAUUAAAGAAGACGUUUCUUAUAUGAAUACAUACACAUCAUCAGUUCUCGUCUAAAAUCAGUUAAAUGAUCAUAAUAAAAAAAAAAAAAAAUCAAAAGAGUUACCUGACAAAGAUAUGCAGCUUUAAAAAGAUGGAAGCGAAGCAGAAAAUAACUUAAGCAGUGUGCAGUUAAUCACAUUAGUGAUUAUUAACUUAUCGAAAGAUUGUUGCGUCUUAGCACAUGCUAUUUCAUCUAAACACAAGGUCAAUAAUUUUGAAGAGGUUAAAAUUCUUUUUAACGAAUAGAAUUACACAUAACUCAUUCACUGCCGAUCAUGCGCCAGCACGUGAUAUGGUAACUUCAGUCAGGUGCUGUUCAACAGAAUGGCUUUUGAAAUUUUGAAAUUUUUUUAAUGAGCUUAAUACCUUUGUAAGGUAAACCUUUUGAAAAAAUUUUCUAUGGACGUAUACUCAUUUAACUGAUUUUAGAUGAACUGAUGAUGUAUAAACAUUUUACAAAUAAUGUUUAAAAAAAUGUGUGUUUAAGAAAGACAAGUGCAAACCUGGAAAAAUACUAUUAUGAAAAGUGCAAGUAUUAGAAUAACUUUUGUCGUAAAAAAUUAUUGUAUCCUCCAAUAUAACAAAAUUUUUGGUACGUAAACAGUGUAGUUUUUCAAUUAUAAAUAAGGGUGUUUUAUUAAUAAUUGGAAAUAUUUUAACUGUAGAUUCCUGGGCUAAAACUUUGGCUAACCCAAAUCACUUCACUUAAAUAAAAUGUGGCUCCGUACUGAGUUACUUUAUUUCUUCUUCUUCUUGUCUUUAUCCUUAUGCCUCUUACGGCGUCGGAUGAGUUACUUUAUUUAAAAAUUUAAAAACAAUUUGUACCCAGCACUUUGAAACUAUUUGUCAUACUUGACAGAAACGGUAUGUACUGUACACUGUACCAAAUUGUGUUAAAUAAUAUAAAAAGGAAUUAAUCCCUCUCAUUGGCUGUAUACCAUAAUAAAAAUUACUAAAGAAGUAAAAAUCUUCCCUUGUAGAUGGUAUAUAAUUUAUUUAAAAUUUUCUAAAAUAGAUCCAAGUUGGACUCUAAAGUGGGUACAUCACUAGUACAAUACAAACAAACGUUUUCGGACUAAUCAGUCCAUCAUCAGGUUAAAUCGUAAAAUAAGUAAACCACUGUAUAAAAAUGACAAAGUAGAAAUUUUGACUGUUCAGAAGUUAGGAAAAAUUAAAACCUGUGGUUACUUACUCCAGAUCCAAAGUAGUUGAAACUAGCUACUGAGGUAGGUCGAAUGACCUUACCAAUAUAAAAAAUUAGCCAUUUCGGCUACAUCGAGAGUGACAAUAAGUCGAUGUUACAAGAAUAAAGUGUAUUUAAACCAUAAUGGAGUCUUCAUCUUGGCUUCAAACGACAUGGUUAUGUUGAAGACAGUAGGAAACGGACUGAUUGAAAUUUGGUAUUGAAAGACUGUUGACAAGACCUUUUAGAUAAGGAAUUUUAUGUAUGAAAAGUUAUUUUGUAUUAUAAAAAUGCAAACAAAUUCUAAAUGAUUGAAUUUAAUUAACUAUUAAAUAAAUGAAUAAGAAUGAAACAGUUUAAAUUAAUAAUAACAUAUAAUUAUUUAUGAUAAUUCUAUGACUAUUGAAAGCGAAAAUUUUGCCAAUAAACUGUUUCAUUCUUAUUCAUUUAUGUAAUAGUUAAUUAAAUUCAAUCAUUUAGAAUUUGUUUGCAUUUUUAUAAUACAAAAUAACUUUACAUACAUAAAAUUCCUUAUCUAGAAGGUCUUGUCAAUAAUAGUCUUUCAAUGCCAAAUUUCAAUCAGUCCUUUCCUACUGUCUUCAACAUAACCAUGUAGUUUGAAGCCAAGAUGAAGACUCCAUUAUGGUUUAAAUACACUUUAUUCUUGUAACAUCGACUUAUUGUUACUCUCGAUGUAGCCGAAAUGGCUAAUUUUUUAUAUUGGUAAGGUCUUUCGACCUACCCCAGUAGCUAGUUUCAACUACUUUGGAUCUGGAGUAAGUAACCACAUGUUUUAAUUUUUCCCAACUUUUGAACAGUCAAAAUUUCAACUUUGUCAUUUUUAUACAGUGGUUUACUUAUUUUAGGCUUCAACCUGAUGAUGGACAAAUUAGUCCGAAACGUUUGUUUGUAUUGUACUAGUGAUGUACCCACUUUGAGUCCAACUUGGAUCUACUUUAGAAAAUUUUGAAUAAAUUAUAUAUACCAUCUACAAGGGAAGAUUUUUACUUCUUUAGUAAUGUGUUUAAUAAAGUUUUCUGACUACCACCAGAGGCGUACGAUAGGGGAAAGUGAAUAGUUGACCCUUCUUAAAUUCUUAAAUUAUUUUAUUGUAAUUUUUCGAUUCUCCAAUACUUUCUAUAAACUCAGAAAAACAGAAUACUUCGGACAUAUAGUUAGAGGACCUAAAUACCAUCUACUUCGCUUUAUAAUACGAGGAAAAGUGGAGGGAAAGAGAUGGAUUGGUCGAAAGGAUCUGUCAUGGCUGCGUAAUAUUAGACAAUGGUGUGGUUCCACAUUAGAAGAAUUAUUUCGCGCAGCAUCCGAUAGAGAGACGUUUCAGGAACUUAAACAUGAUGACGGCCAAUGCCUGAAUACGGAUACUGCACCUAAAGAAGAAAAAUACUUUCUAUGUCAAUAAUAUACUCUUCAUUUGUAACGAUGAAAUCUAUAUUUUUCGAGAUAUUUGAAGUUAAAAAUGAAGCGGCACAGUUAUUUUGAUUAAUGUAAUAACACGAAAAUAUCAAAAUCCUUUUUUAACUAAACCUUUUAUAACAGAUGUUCAAUGUGACGCCCAUUUAGCUCAGUAAGGUUAUCAAUUCUUUCUGUGCUGCUUCAUUUUUAAAUUCAAAUAUCUCAAAAAAUAAUGACUAUCGUUACGAAUAAAGAGUAUAUUAUGUCCAUAGACAGUAUUGCAGAAUCGAAAAAUUGACUAAAAUAGCAAUUCCGCCAGUGGCGUAGAAUUUGUGAAGGGUCAACCAUUCUCUUUCCCCUGUCGGACGCCUUUGGUAAUAGCAAGAAACGUGUAUUUAACAUAAUUUAAUAGUGUGUACACUCACACUUUCUGCCAAGUAUGACAAGGAUAUGUCAACAAAUAGUAUUAAUGUAUGGGGUACAAAUAGUUUAAUACUAUGUAAUUUAGUAAGGAGCCACCAUUUUAUUCAAGUGAUUUGGGGUAAAUUCUAUUAUUUUGAGCCCAGGAAUCUAUAUUUAAAAUAUUUCCAAUUUUUAUUGAAACGCCCUGUAUAACGAAUGAGUGGAGGUAACAUGACAUAUUGACAUGAAAUGAAGUAAUUAAAAAAUUAAAAAGAUAUAUUUUUCAGUGUUCAUCGUUAAAUUGUAUUGAGUAUAAAUUUUCAAGAGCUACGCAUAUGUUUUAUAAAUGAAAUUUUUAAAGUGAAAAUACUACAAAUAGUUAGUUGUUUUCUUAUCGUCUUUUAUAUUAUGUUCAUAUUCUGGGUAUUUUUAGGUUUAGAUAUAUAUCUUUAAUCAGAAUGUGCUAAAAUUGUUUUCAAAUUAUUAUUUCAUGUUGAAAUUGUACACAUAUACUGGCCUAUCCUUCUGAAAGCUCAAAUAGAUUCUUGGUCACAUUUACAAGAGUGUUUUUCAUACAAAAAAAAUAUGAAAUUGAGUGCCAAUUUUAAUAUUCGUCGUUAUGAACUCGUAGGAUUUUAUAUUAAGAUUGCAAGUUGUGUUGUGUUUUUUAGUUUCGUAAUGUUUAAUAGUAUUCCCUAUAGUUUGAAUUCCAAUGUUUAUUACAAGAGAGAGUGAUAUUAAAACGUGUUGGAAUUA